AUGCAUGUGCCUCUUCAUGCCUUUGCAUUAAAUGAAAAGCAACGCAAACAAACACCGACUGAGCGAAAACGGCCGGUGACAGUCGGGCUCUCCUCCCAUCCGGCUGUGAUCCGUAAACAAGUGAAGCAAAUGACAUGCGAAGUCACGGGCGGUCGAUCCGGACUCCUUGUUCAUGCUGUUCUCUUGGCAAUCGCUUCCUUGACAUCAGGUGUGGAAGACGGGUCUCCUAUGGAAGACCGUAGCCGAGCAGCAUGUGCGCGAGCCCCAGACGCGAUCGGCGGCCGCGACGAGGAGCGCCGCCCCCGUGACGAAGGCAAGGCCGAAGUCACGAGGAGAGCGAAGGCGGAGAGCGUGGACGACCUGAUGGAGCUCGCAGGCACCGGCGGUCGCUGGAACGUGACUGUCCUUGUCCUGGGCUGCUGCUGUACCUUCAUGUCGCCGCUACAGACGCUCAGCUACGAGUUCCUCGGAGCCACGCCCGAGCACUGGUGCAAGGUGCAGCCGCUGCUCGACGCCAACUGGACCCAGCACCAGGUCCUGAGUCUGGCCAUUCCGCCCAGGACAAACAAACCCGGCUAUGAAAGCUGCCUGAUGUACGACUACAACUACACCCUCGCGGCCGAGCUUGGCUACGAGGCGACCCUGGCGGACAAGGCGGUCGUUUCCGGAGACUCCAAUGAGACUCUUUCGUGCUAUUCUCGCGACUUCAACUUCACGCAGUACGAGUCGACGGUCGUGACUGAGUGGGACCUGGUGUGCGAGCGGCGCGCCCUCUACUCGACCACUCAGGCUGUGUCUCAGUUCGGGAACUUCCUCGGCUCAUUCUUUUUCGGAUUUCUCCUCGAUGGCUUCGGGCGGCGGCGAGUGGUGCUGAUCUGCGUGGCCCUCGUGGUGCCCGCCGGCCUCGCCACGGCGGUCUCACCCUCCUACGAGGUCUACAUCCUGCUGCAGACGCUGGUCGCUUGCCUGCUCUACGGCGCCUACAUCGGCUGCUUUGUCAUCGUGAUGGAGGUGAGCGCCCCCCGUCAGCGCUCGUCCGUGGGCAGCCUGUUCGCCAUCCCGUGGGCGCUGGGCUACAUGGCCACGCCCGGCAUCGCCUACCUGGUGCGCACCUGGCCCUGGCUACAGGCCGCCUUCACGCUCCCCAUGACGUUCCUCUUCGCCUACUUCUGGUGGCUGCCCGAGACGCCGCGCUGGCUGGUGCUGAAGGGGCGCUUCAAGGAGGCGCAGCAGGUGCUCUCGUGGGCGGCCAGGGUCAACGGGCGCACCCUCCCGCCCGCCAAGGGUCUCCUAAAAGACAUGGAGGCCAUCAGAAACAAGGUCCUGGCCGCGUCCCGGACGAAGGAGAGCGAGCUGAGCUGCGCGAAGGCCCUGUUCCUGCUGACGGCGCCGUCGCUGCGCCGCACGACCGCCUGCACGCUCUUCUGCUGGAUCGCCGCCUCGCUCGUCUACUACGGCGUCUCCCUCAACGCCGCCAACCUCAGCGCCGACCCCUACAUCUACGUGUUCCUGGGCGGGCUGGUGGAGAUCCCGUCGUACCUGCUGCUGUGGCUGGCGCUCACUCGCUUCGGCAGGAAGGCCACGCUCAUCACCUUCUACCUCGUGUGCACCGUCUGCAUCUUCACGGUGGCUGCUCUCAUGCUGCUGGGGUUCCAUGACUGGAUAAUCGUGGUGGUCGUGCUGUCGCUCUCCGGGAAAGUCGCCAUCUCUGCCGCCUUUCAGCUGGUCUACGUGUUCACCGCCGAGCUGUUCCCGACGUCGCACCGCUCUCUGGCCAUCUGCCUGUCUGUCGUCGCCUCCAGGCUGGCUUCCAUCUCGGCGCCGUACAUUAACGACAUUCUGGGCGACCUGGUGACGUGGGGGCCGUCGGUGGUGUUCGGAUCCAUGUCGUUCGUGGCGGUGGCGCUCGUGCUCUUCCUGCCCGAGACGAAGGGCAGCGCCUUGGCGGAGGUCAUCAAGGCUGGCGACGCCCCGCAGGAUCCCUCCGCAGGCCAGCAGGACAAACAGUCACGGGAGGGAAAGGACUCCGGACCAAGCAGCGCGGCGGCUGUCAACGAGGGAUUCGAAGCCUGCUGAGGAGGCGCCUGAAUUUUGUUGAGAUUUAUAACAUAAUCACUUUCUUACUGUGAUUUCUUUCCAAUGAUAUCACAUAUUAUUCUCAUUUUUUUAGUUUUCUUACUCAAAAGAACUACAGUGCUUAGAUCUAUAGAGUUUAUAGAGAGACAUAGAUAGAUAGAUAGUCAUAGAUACAAGUGAUGUAAAGAGGGCUGUACACGGGGGUCCAGGUAUACUAAAUGAUUAUAAGGAUCAUAUAUUACGAAGUAAAGAGAAAGCAGUUACCUGUUA